CAAAGCUUUCAAUGUCAGAGUGCAUUUUGCAAAGCGGAAAGCCAGAAAAGCAUACUCCAUUGGCGACCCAGAACCUUUCCCACUUCCCACCAUAGUCAGUUAGCCACCGCGGCACCGCCGGCCGGCAACUCUUACUUUCGCAUUAACACUCACCGGGGGGAAAUUGAGCUGAUUCGUCGCUCCAUGGAUUUCAACUUCUGGAACUCCAGAGUCCAUUCCGCAAAGCACUUCUCCCCUGUACAAGCCGCCAAACAAUACUACUCCGAAGGAGAGGCACUACGUGGACAAUCCCAGGCAAAAUCCAGCGUCAGAGUUGAGCCGUUGCACAAUUUAGGGGAGAAGCAAUUUGAUAUUGCUUCCAGAAUGUCAAGUUAUAGUGUUGUGGUUGAUCAGAGCGGUGAGUAUCAUGGAUUGGAUUCUGAAAGUGAAGAUGAAGACGUGUUAAUUGAGAAGAUGAUGGAGGCACUCAAUAGAUGGGACUUGGGACUGCCUCAUGAGGUCGAUUCCGACAAUUUGGCACUGCAAUCAGCCACAAACCAGCAGGGGGAUGGCGUUGAUGCCUCGGAUGUGGGUAGUGAGGGUGAUUAUGAUGGGAUGAUACCCCAAUAUGACAGUUUCCCUGAUGAAGAUAAUCAUCUGGGACUGGAUGAAUCCGAAGGGGAAGAGGAUGCCAAAGCUUUCUUUCCGUGCCCUUUUUGCUAUGUGGAUAUUGACGUGCAUGUCCUGUGCACCCAUCUCCAGGAUGAGCACUGCUUCAAUCUGCGAAAUGCUGUGUGCCCCCUCUGUGCAGCAAACCUUGGGAACGAUGUCAUUGGACAUUUCAUAGUGCAACAUGCCAGCUCGUUGAAGAAAAGAAGAAAAGCUCACAGGUCUGGCCCAUGGACUGGUGGUAACAACUCAGCUGUGUCUGGCAGGGCACUAAGUUCAUUUGGUGGCUCGUCAACAACUAGCAGCAUUGGAAACAUAUCCGAGUUGGCCCCUGAUCUCUCGCCGUUCUUGGGCAGUGUUCCAGAGUUGGACUCAAGGAGCUGGCAGCAGCAACAGCAGGAUUCAUCUGAGAAACCUAGCUCUGGAACUCAUUUGAAAAGCAGUGGAGGCGAGUUGUCCGUCGAUGAUAGGUUGGAUCGUGAAGAGAGAGCUCAGAAGGCUGCGUUCAUUCAGGAAUUGAUUGCAUCGACUAUCUUCUGA